GCUUCUCGCAACAUAUCACCAUCUUUAAUACCAUUCCCCCCCCUUAAUCCGCCCCUUUAACAUACUAGAAGCGUAUAUCUGCAUAAAAUACCCCCACCUUCCUACUGGGUAUAUGCACAAAAAGAGACUAAUGCCGUAUUAGCCGCAUUCGACUGCUCCCGGGCGUCAGCUGAGGAUCCUCAUCUCACGCUCUCCUCGCUUACGCCCAAAAAGCCACAAUGUCUCGCACAGUUCGACCAAUGAUAGCGAUCCGUCCCGUUCGCGAAGUCCGGGGUAAUGAUCUCGAUGGUAAAGAGCCGCAGCUAGGCAUCUGACAAUUAUUAAAAAAUAUGACAGGCAGGUACUUAGUAGGUAUGGUCUCGGGCGUAAUAAGUAUAGCCACUUACCCUCCGAUGGAAUUUUGUAAGGCUUUAAGCGUUUUCCCUCUUGCGACGAGAUAUAUAUCUGGCGAAGGUAUUGGUAUUGUAUUCUUGCAUUUGAGCGACAAUUGAAAUUCGAUAAGAAUUCAAUGUUUCACACGCGAUUAAGGCUCCCGCGUUUCACGCGAUCGUAAGGAAGCGCUAGUCGCGGCAUAGGGCUGAAAAUUCAUCACGUCAACAUGGCAAGUGUUCUUCGCGAGGACUCGAGUGGUCUGGGGAAUCUCGAGGCCCAGAUCGAAGAACAAGUGGCGAGUGCUAGCACUGGUGCUUCUGGGAGUAGGAGCGGAUUCGGCGAACAAGGGAUUGCUACUAAUGACCACGCAGCGCCGCCAAGUGAGGGCUCCGAGUACGACGAUGGCCUUGAUAUGGAGAAGUCUGUUAAUAGUAGCGUGUCGCACUGGGAUCCGGAUCCGGGGUUUGCGCAUGUCGAUGGCGACAUUGAGGGACACGGGUAUAACAAGACGACAGUCGACAUUGUCGCCGUGCCUUGCAUCGGCGCAUCUCCCGUUGAUACUUGGUCAAGGGAUCCUAUUGGCGAUGGCUACUUCAGCUUUCCGUCCAAUGAGCUAGAUCGCUAUCCCACGGCUAUGCAGCUACCUGGGAAUAGCGUCCUCUCACCCACCAUCACUCAUAACUUGCCUGCGGCUACUCACUUGUGGGUUCGACAAGGGAUCCGAAAAGAAAUCAACACGGCGCGAGUGAUGUUAUAUCGCCACCGGGAGCUCACAGAAGGUAUAACGCUCGACCAGGCGGCAGAUGAUCUCUUGGAACAGGUCGUGAAAAUGCGCGCCGGUCUGACCAAAGCGCGACCCAUUUUCUUCAUCUGCCAUAGCAUUGGCGGAUUGGUGGCGAAGCUCGCCUUAGUAAAAGCGAACAUGAAGCAUGAACUGAGGCCUUUGAUCUUCGACUGCCAUGGCAUCGCCUUUUUUGCAACGCCACAUCGUGGCUCUAGUUAUAUGUCUAUGCCUCAUCUACGCGAGAGUAUCCAACAUCUGCUUUAUCUACAAAAGCCACUACCUAGGUCCAUUGCUCGUGAACUACGAAUAGGGAAUAAGUCAUUGUUGCAGAUGCAUGACCAAUUCAUGGAUAUUGCUAGCGAGUUGCGAAUUUGGACUUUCUACGAAACCAUCGAUUCGCAAUUAUCUGGGCUUGGGUCUUCCGAUUUUGACGAGGUACACUUCAGCGCACCUUUAACCUCUAUCAAAUCAGGUUUAGUCGGGAGCCGGGCUGAGCAAGCACUAUCACUUGAGAGCGACCACGCUCACUGCGCCUCGUUUGGACCCCAGAAUAUUCGCACGAUGCUUUCGUUCAUCACUGAUCUAGGCGCCGCGAUUCGGAAGGCAGAAGAACUUAGCAAUAAAUAUGUGCACACGCCGUUGAGGUUAAGUGAAACGGUCAAACUAGAAAUCAUAGGAUUCUAUGGUGACCCCGAUAGCGAAUCUAGCCAGGACAUUAGACUAUAUAUCUCGAAGCAUAGGCUGAAAGAUUUUCUGGAGAAGGGACCUGAGCAAUGCUUACAAGAGCGGCUGAAUACUGUGGCUGCUAGGCGACAUCGAAUGGCACCUCCUUCGAGACGCCCGUUAUCGAAUCCGUCACCAAUGGCGAGUGCACUUGGGAUACUAGGCAACGUGCAGGAGCUUGGCCAGAAACUCUUAGGUUCUGUUCGGCCAAGUAGCUUGCCGCCGGAAGGUCCCGAAACGGAAACUCCGGCUGGUCAACCGGAGAUCGUCGUAACAAGCCACGCUUCCCGACCAUCUGCCACCAGCGCAGCAACGGAGCCAGCCGUCUCAUCUAGAAGAGGUCGUGGAUUAAUAGUGCCCGGCUUAUCGACGCCAAGCAGGGGAAGCAGCGAGACAGUUAGAACAACUAAAUCUGAACCAGAUGAGAUUGAGAUCUCUCACAAAAUGGGCUACCCUGCCCAACAACUAAAACCGUCUAUGACCGAGCCCUCUGGUUCAGCCGCUAGCGCAAAGGAACAUGAUACUGAUAUGAAGAACCGCCGCGGUCGUUCUCGCGGUAUACAGGACUUCACUGCCGGUUUCUCCCGACCAGUCGCAUCCAGGAGGAAGUUUAUGUGGAUUCAUAUGCCAUUUAAUAACCCCCAUUGGAUCACGAAGAUAUUCAAUAAAUUGUCCGAGACUCAGAAUCAGAAUUAUCUGAAACUCCUUGGCAACGAAAACUGGGCGAACAAGCACGUCCAAGGUCGCCAUGCCAAUCUGCAUGCUUCAUAUAUCAAGCCUGGAUGUGCAUUUGUCCCUUCAGGAGUCGGUUCCCCGCGUCCUCCCUCUCCUUCUAGAGCGGGUAGGAGUCCGAGCCCCGGGAUAAGUCCGACUUACCUGUAUUUGUAUCUGCCGUAUCUGCAUUACGAUACUUACCUAAAUAUCGUACGCCGCCGAAACCUCAUUAAGCGAAGGAUGGAGCACGGCAGGGCAAGGCCCGUACCAAAAGACAUCGCUGAGCUUGACUCGAUAGACUCCCGGGUGAUUUGGGAAUACAUUGGACAUGACCCUCCUCUUAACACGCGGAGGACACUAGACCAAUAUGGAUACCCAUCUCUUCGGGAAACCUAUGCGCGCGAUGAUGAACAGAUGUUGUAUAAGCUUACUAAAGAGAAGCUCCCGAUCCCGUUCAUGCGUAAGUGGGAUGUGUAUCAUUCAGAGGACUCCAAGGGACCUUUGAGCGCUCUUUCUCCUAGCAGUCGGUUAGCAUCGGCCACGAAAAUGUUCAAAAGCCAAGAAACAGCGAGCCAGAAAGGCGAAGGAGAUGCGAACUUAGAAGACAACCUUCUAGAUGGCAAUGUUCUUAUGGUAGAUCAAUUGUGGCUCUGGGCAGUUGAUACGACAACCUUGAUGACUUUCUUCCCGAAACGAGAGUCCCAGCCGACGGAAGGGCCUAUGUUUCAACAAGCAGAUCUCAGAAAUAGUGUUUAUAACGAACUGAAUGGAGAUCUUAGCGGACGCUGCGAAAACGCGUUAGAUCUUGCGGCUUUCGUAACUUUGCAUGCCGUCACGGUAUUAAUAGACCGCACGUCACAUCCUAAUCUCGAGAUAUUCCGCAUUUUCGAGGAAGCUCUAGGGAUACUCACUGAGAGAAUGACGUUAUCACUCAAACGAUUCCGAAUGCAGACGUUCCGAGAUAGGGUCCAAGACUCGGACUCAGAGCCUGAAGACAUUGGUACUGAGAGUAUUAAACAGCGGCAUAAACGCGAACUGGAACGAGCUGAGCGGGAUAAUCGCGAACAUACAUCCGUCCUGCUGGAACUUCGAGAUAUGGACGACGAGCUCACCACGAUGAAGAACCUGUUCUCGGAACAGGAGGAAACGGUUAAACUGAUGAAAAAACAAUAUGAGAAACCCGAGCUUCUAGGAUAUACAGAGAACGGCCGUGGGUUCCUCGAAGAGGCGUUGAGGCGACUCCAAGACUACCAUAAGACGGUGCAUGAAAUGAUUCAGCGCGUGGACGGCACCAAGAAGGAUUAUGAAAAACUUCAGGAGAUGGUACAGCGCCAAGCGCAAGUCGACGAGGCGCGGUGGUCACGGCGACAGACUGAAUUAGCGAGCUCGCAGAAUUUGUCGGUCAUGAUCUUCACGACCUUCACCGUGUUGUUCUUGCCUCUGAGCUUCUUCACUAGUUUGUUCGGCAUGAACACCAAGGAAUGGGGCGGCGAAGAUGACAAUUUCGUUAGCCUCGGUGUCAUUGGCCUCGUCUCACUGCCCGCAUCAGCGCUCCUCAUCGGCGGGACUCUCAUAGCCGCGUAUAGCAGUCGCGUGCAAACUGUCGUGAAAGAGAGCUACAAAUUUACGAAAUCCGGUGUGCAGGGGAUGGUAUCCCAACUCACGCACAUAGGAACCGAGGAUCCACGACGAAAGGAAAUACAGAACAAGCUAGAGCAGGAGACACUGGAGUCGCGUACACGCGAGCGCGGGUUCGACUUCUGGGAGAAUGUGAGGUUGGAGAAGCAUCGCGAAUAUAAGAUCCCGGACAUGAACCGGAAGCAGUUGACAAGACAACGGGCCAAAUACUAGGUAAGCAAAUAAAUUAACGAAGCGGUUGACUCGUGUACGAUUUGAAGGAUCUGAUGUAAUGUUAUGUAAUGGAUACCUAGUAGUGUGCUGUUUAGGUGUUAAUACCCAUUUUGAAGUUAAUGUUGAAUCUAGAAACCUUGAAUGCAUCGAUGGAUUAGUAAGUUAUUCGACAUCCGUCUCCAACCGCUA